CUGUGUUCGGUCAAUUUCUUCUAUGUUUUUAAUCGACGAUCCCCUGAUCACUCUACAUUUGGAACCUUUCGAUCUUCUACCAUUGUCUCCCUCACACUCUGCAGGCCGAUCACCCUUGUUGUCGCCAAAUGUUGGGAUCCCAGUCCGAACAACUAUUUCACCGUACCGCGUCAAGAGCCGGUUCGUCCGAUUGAUCCACGUGCUUGGGUCUUGCAUACAAAUGCAAUGACUGGCGCCGUGGGACCUCCUGGUUCAUCUUCCGGUCAACCGUUCCCGGGUCCCGGCUCUCCGCCUACUGCAAUGGGGAUGAUGCAAGGUGCCUAUCUCGGUAUGGUGGGGAAUUCUGGCCUCGCAAUGCCCUCAGUCCCUCCAGGAAUGCCUCAACUGAUGCCAACUCCACUUGCUGCUCUCACCAGUUUGCCGUCAUCAUCUAAUAUGACAAGCAAAUCGUUACCGGAGCAGGCUGAGUCCAACGAACAUCCCGGUUCCGAUAGUCGUGGCUACCGAAGCGGUGGUCCAGGGAGCAGUGGUGGUCCCACUGGUACCGGUGGACCAGGCAGUGCUAAAACAGCGGGUUCUCGUUCAGCCGGGGAGGGGACCGGGGACCAUGGAGGUAGCGGAUCUCUGCUUGCUGGUGGAAACAAUACCAAAUCCACGAACUCGCUCACAGUUACAACGGACAUGGCAUCAGUAGUUCAAACAAGCUUAUGCAAAAAUUGCGAAAUCGGUCAAUCUCAACGCAAAGCAGAGAUGGAACAUUCGAACGUCAUGGGAACAUCCCGUAAACUGUACAAUCACAUCUUGGUCACCAGUGGAAAAGCCUUUGAUGUGAGCCAAACGAUCUGA